AUGCCAAAAGCAUGUGAAAUAGAAUUUGAUGAGUUUGUCAAUCGUUCAGAAGAGAAGAUCGGCACGAAAACUCCUAAUGGGUUCUUCGUGUAUCGACGCAUAUUUACAAAGGAGGUCUCGAGACUUAGACUUGAUCAUAAGCUGAAUAUGACCAACGUGUCAAAAAUGGCAAGUUGGAAAUGGCGUAACGAGGAUGUGAAGGUCCGUGAAGAGUACAGACAAGUUGCAUCAUCAAUAAUCGGAACAAAAAUCAAGAAUCGCGAACGCGAGCUACCAAAGAUCUUUUAUAAAAAAUUCAUUCCGUAUGUCCCGCGGGAACCUCUCCCUCCUCCUGUAGAUAUUAAUCAGCAAGGAGUCAUAGAUGAGGAAUUAGCGAGAGGUUUAUAUGAGUGGUAUUCCAGAGACAAUAUUUUUGAAGAGUUCUUUGGAAAUUUUCAAUAG